AUGACCCGAAAGAUUCUGUGUGUGGCAGAGAAGCCUGCCAUUGCUCGUGCCGUGGCCACGCAUAUGUCAGGCGGCUCUUUUCAAACCCACUCGAUCCGCGGAAACCAGUAUGUGAAGAACUAUGAAUUCAAUUUCAAUUUUGGUCCACCCUGGGGCGAUUGCACAGUGACUAUGACUAGUGUGAUUGGCCACCUUACCGGGUUGGACUUCGAACGUCAAUACAAGGGCUGGAUGUCCUGUCCGCCGGGGGCUCUCUUCGAAGCUCCAGUGCAGGAAGAUGUCGAUAAGGACAAAAUGCCGAUUGCAGAGAACAUUCGGAACCAAGCCAGAUACAGCAAAGCCCUCUUUAUCUGGACCGAUUGUGAUCGAGAAGGUGAGCACAUCGGCACUGAAGUCCGAAACCAGGCCAAGACUGGAAAUGCUCGUAUUGAAGUCAAGCGAGCAAAAUUCAGCAAUACAGAGAGAGCACAUGUUCUUCGCGCUGCACGGGAGCCGGUGGAGCUCGAUGAGUAUCAGGCCAAUGCUGUUGCUGCUAGAAUUGAGCUCGACCUGCGGAUUGGCGCAGCCUUUACUCGCUUACAGACCCUUCAGCUUCAAGCUGUGGUUGCGGUCUUAAAAGAGAAGGUCAUCAGUUACGGUUCGUGCCAGUUUCCCACCCUGGGGUUUGUAGUUGAUAGAUAUCUGCGGGUUCAAAACUUCAAGCCCGAGAAUUUCUGGGGCAUCAAGGUCACACUCAAACGAGAUGAUAAGAAGGUCAAUUUUCUUUGGAACAGGGGCCAUCUUUUUGACCGAGCAAUCGUAACGAUGAUGUUGGAGCGAUGUUUGACAGCCAAAACUGCAAAGGUCGUCAAAGUGAACCAAAAGCCAAAGAGCAAAUGGCGGCCUCUACCCCUGACAACUGUGGAUCUUCAAAUGAUGGGCAGUCGAUUCCUCCGUUUAGACAGUCAAACUAUUAUGAAGGUGGCAGAAGCGCUUUACACAAAGGGCUUCAUUAGCUAUCCGCGAACGGAGACGGAUCAGUUUGACAAGGCGAUUGAUCUCAAAAAACUGGUCGAGAAGCAGUUUCCAGACAGCUCGUGGGGCCAGUACGCUAAGGAUCUCAUUAAUGGUAAAUUCAGAACUCCUAGAUCUGGACGCCAUAAUGAUAAGGCCCACCCGCCCAUCCACCCAGUCAGUUGGGUCUCGCCAAGCCAGCUGAACGCAAAUGAAAAGAAAGUUUACGAGUUUGUGGUCCGCCGCUUUCUGGCCUGCUGCUCAGACGACGCAAAGGGUCAAGGCACUGACAUCGAGAUCCAAUACGGCGAGGAAAUGUUCCACACGAAUGGCCUGAUUGUGCUAGAAAGGAACUAUCUCGAUGUUUACGUUUACGACAAGUGGGAAAGUAGUCAACAGCUACCCCAUUUUGAGAAAGGCGAAGUCUUCGAGCCUACCGAGGCCAAUAUAUUUGAAGGCAAAACCACAGCCCCAAAUUACCUGACUGAGCCAGAACUCAUUGGGCUCAUGGAUGCCAACGGUAUUGGUACCGAUGCUACCAUGGCCGAACACAUUGCCAAAAUCAAAGAACGUGAAUACGUCGUCGUACACCCACGAGGAAGUGGUCGCAGCAAAGUAGAAGAACUCAUCCCAACGCGACUGGGUGUUGCGCUUGUCGAAGGGUAUGAUAAUGUUGUGACAGGUCUGCCAAACAGCAUCUCCCUUAGUAAACCCUUCUUGCGAAAGGAAAUGGAAUUGCGGAUGUUAGAGAUUUGCGCUGGAACGAAGACUCGUCAAGAAGUUGUGCAACAGAGUCUGGAUAUGUACCGGGAGGUCUUCAUCCAUACCCAGCGGCGUAUUGAGAUGCUUAAAGCUGCGUGUCGGAAAUAUCUUACCGAUGGAGCGGCUACAUGA